UAAUUUACAUAAUAAGUUAUAAGCGUACAAAAAAACACAAAUUUUGACUGAAACGUUGUUUUUGUCAGCUGACGGUCACAUGACUGCAGUCGUUUCCGACAAAGUCCUGUCGCCUGGCUGCUUGACAAGCAGCAGCCAAUUUAAGAGAUAUUUUUUUAAAGACCUGUUUUUUUUUUUAUCUCAGAGCGCUAAAAAGACGUAAGUGCAAGAUGCCGUCCAACAAGUCCGUGUCGGACGCCCCCAUCACUCAGCUGGUCAACUGCCGGAUCCUCAGAGACCACCGACUGCAGAGGUGAUGCCAGCGUGUGCACGUCUGCAGCUGAUGCGCACGGCUUAUGUGCGUGUGUGUGUGUGUGCGCGCGCGUGCAGGGAGGACCUGUGGGUGCGUGAAGGGAAGAUUCUGGAUCCUGAGAAGCUGUUUUUUGAUGAGAAGGCGUACGCUGAUGAGCAAGUAGACUGUGAGGGCAGCAUCGUGGCUCCGGGCUUCAUCGAUGUCCAGAUCAACGGAGGUUAUGGCGUCGACUUCUCUCAGGCCUCUGAGGAUGUCUCUGCCGGUGUGUCCUUGGUGGCCCAGAAGAUUCUGGAGCAUGGCGUCACGUCCUUCUGCCCCACGCUGGUCACGUCCCCCAUGGACGUCUACCACAAGGUUCUGCCUCAGGUCAAAGUUGAUGAUGGCGGUGGGCACGGUGCAGGCGUUCUAGGGGUCCACCUGGAGGGUCCCUUCAUCAGCCUGGAGAAGAAGGGCGCCCAUCCCGAGCGCUUCCUGCGAACGUUCCGCUCCGGAGGCCCGGCAGACCUGACCCAAGUCUACGGAAGUCUGGACAACGUCGCUAUGGUGACGCUGGCUCCCGAGCUGGAGGGCAGCCAAAUGGCGGUCAAGGAGCUCUGCCGUAGGGGUGUGACCGUGUCGCUAGGACAUUCCGUGGCCAACUUGUCCCAAGCGGAGGAGGCGGUUCAGCACGGCGCCUCAUUCAUCACCCACCUCUUCAACGCCAUGCUGCCCGUAGGUCCCGCCCCCGCCCCGACACGUCACUGGCCGAUGCUAACUUCCUGUCAUGUGGUUCAGUUCCACCAUCGAGACCCGGGCAUUGUGGGCCUGCUGACCAGCGACCGAAUUCCAGAAGGAAGGAGUGUGUUUUACGGGAUGAUUGCUGACGGGAUCCACACCCAUCCCGCCGCGCUGCGCAUCGCCCACCGCGCACACCCGGCAGGUUUGGUGUUGGUGACGGACGCCAUCGCCGCCAUGGGCCUUCCUCCGGGUCGCCACACGCUGGGCCAGCAGGUCAUCCAGAUCCAGGGUCUGCACGCCUACGUGGAAGGCACACAGACGCUGAGCGGCAGCAUAGCCACCAUGGACAUGUGUGUGCGCCACUUCAAACACGUCUCAGGCUGCAGUGUGGAGGAAGCUUUAGAAGCAGCAUCACUUCAUCCUGCUCAGCUGUUAGGAAUCAGCCACCAGAAAGGAACCCUGGACUUUGGCUCCCAUGCAGACGUGGUGUUGCUGGACGAGUCUUUGGGCGUGAAGGCCACCUUCAUCAGUGGUCAGGAAGUGUGGAGGAGAAAACCACAGAAGAAGAAGACGGCAGACUGACCUCUGACCUUUGGUGCCUUCUCUCAUGAUCAUUUCUUUAGUCAGUGACAUCAUUUCCUGUUGCACCUACCAAAAUAAAAGCUGAGUGGCGGAGUAAAGGUUGAC